GCACCAAAAAGCUUCAAAAAUGGAGGUUCCAUAUCUAUACAUCUCCCUCCUCCUCCUCCUUCUAGCUUCAUAUCUCUUCCGUCGCAAAUCCGCCAACCUCCCGCCAACUGUCUUCCCAGUCCUCCCGAUAAUCGGCCAUCUCUACCUCUUGAAACCACCACUCCACAGAACCCUUGCCAAAAUCUCCGCCAAAUACGGCCCCGUCCUCCUCCUCCAGCUCGGAUUUCGCCGCGUCCUCCUCGUUUCCUCCCCUUCAGCCACCGAAGAAUGCUUCACCAAAAACGACAUCAUCUUUGCAAACCGCCCUCACAUGUUAUUCGGUAAGAUCAUUGGCAACAACUACACUACUCUCAUAUGGUCUUCCUAUGGCGAAAACUGGCGCAACCUCCGCCGCAUUGCUUCACUCGAGAUCUUAUCAACUCGUCGUCUCAACGAGUUCCACGACAUACGUGUUGAUGAAUGUAGGCUUAUGAUCCGUAAACUGAUGUCCGACUCUAAUCCAGUGAAUAUGAAGACAGUUUUCUAUGAACUGACUUUGAAUGUGAUGAUGAGGAUGAUUUCUGGAAAGAGGUAUUUCGGUGGAGAUAUUGCAGCCACGGAGGAGGAAGGAGCGCGGUUCAGGGAGAUAAUGGACGAGACGGUUUGGCUCGCCAGUGCUGCUAACAUUGCCGAUUACGUACCGAUCUUGAGUUGGUUGGGCGGGAAAGGGUUGGAGAAAAAGUUGGUUGCGUUGCAGGGAAAGAGGGAUCGGUUCUUUCAAGGGUUGAUCGAGCAACUUAGAAGAUCAAAAGGGGAGACGAAUAACACAAAGAAGAAGACGAUGAUUGAAGUGUUGUUAUCGCUACAAGAAUCUGAUCCUGAAUACUACAAUGAUCAAAUGAUUCGAAACUUUGUCCAGGUCUUAUUGUUGGCGGGAACCGAUACUUCGUCUGGAACUAUGGAAUGGUCUUUGUCGCUUUUGCUAAACCACCCACAAGUUCUACAAAAGGCGCAAAAUGAGAUCGAUAAAAAAACAGGAAAAGUUCGUCUUGUUGACGAAUCGGAUAUGGUUGACCUACCUUACCUUCGUUGCAUUAUAAACGAGUCAUUUCGACUAUACCCCACGGUUCCUUUACUACUUCCUCACGAGUCAUCACAAGAUUGUAUUAUUGAGGGUUACAACAUCCCGCGUGGGACCAUGCUUCUUGUUAAUCAAUGGGCCAUACAUCAUGACCCCAAGUUGUGGACUGAACCUGAAAGGUUCAAUCCUGAAAGAUUUAAAGGGUUAGAAGGGACAAGAGAUGGGUUUAAGAUGAUGCCUUUUGGAUCUGGAAGAAGGGGUUGUCCAGGGGAAGGGUUAGCUGUUCGUAUGCUUGGAUCAACACUAGGAGUGCUAAUCCAAUGUUUUAAUUGGGAACCAUUAAGUGAUAACACAAUUGAUAUGAUGGAAGGUCUCGGAGUAACCAUGCCCAAGGCCGAACAGUUGGUUGCCAAGUGCAAACCACGACUAGAGAUGCAAGAUGUACUUGCACAGCUUUGAAUCCUUCUGGUGCCUUAUCUUUUUUUUAUUUGAAUACGUAUAGAGUGCAUGUUAUGAUUUGGAUUCUUGUUAUGUAGACAUUGUUUUAUAUGACAGAAAAGUGUGAACCUACAACAACAUUACUUAUAUUAUUUGUGUCUUUUAAGAUCA